CCGGCGGCCUCCCCUACGGGCCGACCUCCCGCAGCAUGAGCGCUGCCACCCACUCGCCCAUGGUGCAGACGGCGUCCGGCAACAGCGCCGGCGACCGCGACCCCCUGCCCCCAGGCUGGGAGAUCAAGAUCGACCCGCAGACCGGCUGGCCCUUCUUCGUGGAUCACAACAGCCGCACCACGACAUGGAACGACCCGCGCGUGCCCCCCGAGGGCCCCAAGGAAACUCCGUCCUCUGCAAAUGGCCCUUCCCGGGAGAGCUCCAGGCUGCUUCCCAUUAGGGAAGGGCACAUUGUGUACCCCCAGCUCCGACCAGGCUACAUUCCCAUCCCUGUCCUCCACGAAGGCGCCGAGGGCCGGCAGCCGUACGCCUUCUUCGCCUCUCCUCAGCCUGGGACGCAGCGAUUCCGAGCCGAGGCAGCCACAUCGGCUCCUCAGAGGUCCCAGUCACCUCUGCAGGGUGUGGCAGAAACCGCCCAGCCAGAUAAACAGUGUGGACAGGCGGUAGCAGCUGUGGCAGCCCAGCCCGCAGCCUCCCACAGACCUGAGCGAUCCCAGUCUCCAGCCACCUCGGACUGCUCAUCCUCAUCCUCCUCUGCCAGCCUGCCCUCCUCCUCCAGCAGGAGCAGCCUGGGAAGUCACCAGCUCCCCCGGGGCUACAUCCCCAUCCCUGUGAUACACGAGCAGAAUGUCACCCGGCCGGCAGCCCAGCCCUCCUUCCACCAAGCCCAGAAGACCCACUACCCAGCUCAGCAGGGUGAAUACCAGACCCACCAGCCUGUGUACCACAACAUCCAGGGGGCUGACCGGCCCAUGCGGGCAGCAUCGCCAUUCCGGUCACCUGUCAGGGGUGCGUCCAGCCGGGACAGCUCUCCAGCGAGAAGCAGCACGCCAGUGCACUCUGCGCCACCCCUGCGUGUGCACACUGUGGUUGACAGGCCUCAGCAGCCCAUGACCCAUCGAGAAUCUUCAUUUGUUCCCCAACCUGAAAAGCAACCAGAAAGCAAACCAGGCCCAGUUGGAUCAGAUCUCCCUCCGGCACACAUCCCAAUUCAAGUGAUCCAAAAGGAGGUGGAUUCUCAACCCGUUCCUCAGAAGCCCCCACCCCCUUCUGAGAAGGUGGAAGUAAAGCUUCCUUCUGCGCCAGUUCCCAGCCCCGCCCCUUCUGCUGUCCCCUCGCCCCCCAAGAAUGCAGCUGCAGAAGAGAGGGCAGCCCCUAGCCCUGCCCCGGCAGAAGCCAUGCCCCCAAAGUCUGGAGAAGCUGGGGCACCGCCAAAACAUCCAGGUGUGCUGAAAGUGGAAGCCAUCCUGGAGAAGGUGCAAGGGCUGGAGCAGGCUGUGGACAACUUUGAAGGUAAGAAGACGGACAAAAAGUACCUGAUGAUAGAAGAGUAUUUGACCAAAGAGCUUCUGGCUCUGGAUUCGGUAGACCCUGAAGGACGAGCUGAUGUCCGUCAGGCCAGGAAAGAUGGAGUCAGGAAGGUUCAGACCAUCCUGGAAAAACUUGAACAGAAAGCAAUAGAUGUCCCAGGGCAAGUCCAGGUUUAUGAACUGCAGCCCAGCUCCCUUGAAAGCGAUCAGCCACUGCAGGAAAUCAUGGGUGCCAUGGCAGCAGACAAGAGUAAGAAAGGUGUUGGAAAUGGGGAAGAUCCCAAAACGGAAACCCAGCAGCCAGAUGCCAAAGCAGCAGCCACUCCAAACCCCGGCAGCACAACCGACACAGCUGGUGACCCAGCCGCACCAUAGUCUCAAUAAAAAUCCGACUCAGACUGGGAACUGAUUGUGUGCGUUAGGGAAUUGUAAGUUGCAUGCAUUUCAGGGACUUUAAAUCAGUUGAUUUUUACUAUUCAUAGCCACUUGGUACGCAGUAACUUGGGUAGAGGCAAAACAGUAAAAGGGCUCAAAGGAAAAUGAUGCUUUUCUUCAGUAUUCUUAUGCUGUACAAUAAAGAAGUUGCUUGUGUCAAAAGUUUAACAUUGCUUGUUGUUUCGGGGCCCUCUCUGCAGGGGCACCACAUGUUAGCCAUAGUUGUGAGCUGUCUUCCUGUAGCUCUGGACUGGAGGAGUCUUUUGGGAAUAGAUGGGGAGUCAAUUUCCCAUCACAGAUAUGAAACCCAUUUUUCAGAAAUGUUGCCAUUUUAGUGGGAUGAUUUUCUUCAUCUCAAAGGUAAAAUACCUAACUUUAGAUAGAGUAAAAUGUAUAAGGAGCCAUAGGAAUAUCUGUAUGUUGGAUGACUUUAAUGUUACAUUUAAAAAAAGGAAAAUAAAGUAAUAAUAUGACUCAG